UCAGCACACCGCUAGUAAGGCCCUCUUGAUUGUUUAAUAACUAAUGAGAAAGUUGCGUUUUAUCCACAAGAGUGGCAAAGAUGCUAAUUUUGAGUUGAUUCCUUAAGUUGGCUAGUAGAAUUGUAGGUAUUUAAAUGAUAAUUAUGAAUGAUAAAUAUUCAAUAAUGUUCCCUACUUGGAUUUGAUUUUGUUCGAUUUUUUUACAGUUAGUAUUUUCCUUGGGUUGGUGUGGUGAACAUUUUAUAUUUCACUCGGUAGCAAAAUUUGUUUAACCCUCGUGCCUUGAAACUCUCGCAACGCUCAAGUUUCCACUUUUCAAACCACUACGUCGUUACGCUCGUGGUUCAAUUUUGGAAUCUUUCGCUUUUCACAGGUACAACUUUGCCCCUUGUAAAACAAAUAACUAUUUCACAUAAGUAUUAUAUACCAGCAGUGUUAUGGCUUCUCUACACGAUGGCCCAGCGCAGGCCAGUCCAAGGGACGCAUUUAUACUUAAGUUCUUAAGUAUUUAUAGUUAAGUUAUUUAUAUUUAAGUGAUAUUGCUCCUACAAUCUAUCUAUCUCUAUCGCUAUCUCAUUCCACCGCAUAUCUGCGUCCCUUAGACUGGCUUACACUGGGCCAUCGUGUAGAGGAGCCCUUACCGCAUUUAUUCAUUCGGUUCUAGCACAGGUUCUACCUAGUUCCAAACGCGCAAACUUUUUUCAUUAUCGCAUGGCACCGACCGAAAUGUUUGCUAAUUGAAACAUUAAUAUUUAUAAACUUCCAAAACGUUGAAAACUAGUGAUCGCAGCAUACAUAUAAGUUACUACGUACUUGUAUCAUAGUAAGAUAGCGCGUCAACCAAGGAGUUGACAUUUCUUCGUACAUAUGAGUUAUUCCUAUUUAAUUAUAAUUUGUUAUUUUAUUAGUGAUCAAGCCUUCUACAACUCUAGUAAUUGUGAGUCAAGUUAUGACGUAUUUAUUAUUAAAACGGAAGGAUGCAAUAUUACCAACAUUUCCGAGGAACGUGAGAUAAUAAAAGCGAUGAGUGGUCCACCUGAAAUUGAAAACUGUGAUAAAGAAAACCAGUUAUUGGAUUCUAAUGCAACACAUAUUUGGAUCUUAAAAGAUAUGUUUACAAACUUCAAUAUCAGUGAUGAAAACUCGUUAUCCUGUUGCUACAUGAACUUUUCAGCAUACAAUAAUAUAAAGAAUAUAUUAUACAGUACCUGCAAACAGUUUCUCACAGUAAUAAAAGCAGAACACGAAUUCGUGCGUGUAGAUUGUUCCUAUAAAGAUUCAACAAUUUACAGUGAUUACUUUGUUUUCAUUAUUGGUGAAGCUAGGCCAAAGAGGCCAAUACUUGAAUCUGCCUACAAUGUUAUCAUCCUUGGUUUGGAAAGCUUGUCUAGAUUAAACUUCGAACGAACUAUGCCAAAAACGGCAAAAUUCCUUAAAGAUAGAGGUGCGGUUCAGCUUAAAGGCUAUAACAAAGUUGGAUAUAACUCGUUCCCCAAUUUAUUUCCGUUAUUGACAGGCAGAUCUUUUAAUUCAUGUGAAACUUUACAGUGCAGUUUCAUUUGGGAGUUAUAUAGAAAUGCUGGGUACUACACGGCUUUGGGUUCCGACAGCGUGGUGGGCGCGAUGGGCUCUUACGAGUACAGUUGGCCGACAAUACCCACUGAUUACUACUUACAGCCCUUUAUGGCGGAAGCGAACAACAUCAUCUCACAUCACGUCAAUGUGUAUGAUCGUCGCUGUUUAAAAAAUAAAGCAUUUUAUAAAAUAGUUUUAAAUUAUAUCAAAGGACUAUUGCAGUAUCUGAGUCAUAAUAAAGACAAACUUUUUGGUUUCUUUUGGGAAGAGUCUGUAAGUCAUAAUAUUUUAAAGAAACCGCAAAUAAUGGACGAAGGUUAUUUAAAUUUUUUUACUGAGCUAGAAAGCAAUCAAUUAUUAGAUGAUACAAUUUUAAUAGUAUUGGGCGACCAUGGUAUGAGAUGGGGGCGCUUUGCUAAAACACAACAGGGCCGUCUGGAGGGUAACCUGCCAUUAUUUUCUAUUCUUGUACCUACGUCUUUUAGAGAAACGUAUAAAGAUGCAUACACAAAUUUUCAAGUUAACAGUAACCGGCUGACGACGCCUUAUGACGCUUAUCGUACUAUAGUGGAUCUUGUAAACCCAAAACUAUUGAAAAAUCACCAUUUAAAAAUAAGUUUGAAAGAAAACAAAUCUAAUGGUAUUUAUCACAGUUUGUUUCUACCAGUAUCCGCUAAUCGGUCAUGCAUGUCAAUCGGCAUUGAUAAAGCUUGGUGCGCCUGCGACUUAAGCACUGCAGAGCCCAUACAGAAACGGGAAAUCGUAAUAGCUGCCACCGUUAUUUUGAAUAGAAUUAAUAAAAUGUUAGCCGACUUUCCUAAAUGCCAAACGCUAACAUUAAGGAACAUAGUUGGUAAUGCUAACAUGAAAGCGGUUUCGAUCAGAGAGCGGACUUACAAAGUAAUUUUGGAGGCAACACCCGGCGGUGGAAUAUUUCAAGGGAUGGCGGGGCGCCAGCGAAGCCAAUGGGUCGCCUUUGGUCCCAUCAUGCGACUCAACAAAUAUGCUAAAGAAACCAGCUGCAUGGAAAGUGGUCUUAUUAAGUUGUAUUGUGUUUGUAAUUGACUUUUAUAUUUAAGGUACAUGAAAUUGAUUGGCAAAUGACAAUAUAUCAGAAAUCGCAUGCCAAAUCGGUGAGGUCUUGUAUCAUGUUCGUCGACGGGUAGGAGCUGAAGGGGGCAGGUGCCCAGGGAACUCUAAUUUUUAUUGAUUCCCCAUACAAACUUCCUUAUUUGAGAGACGACUAUUGGGACCGUGCGAAGUGCGUGGUGGGGGUAAGUAAAGCGAUCCCAGCGCAUAAGGUGGUAAAAAUUUGAACUAACUGCGGAUAGCGUCUUUAACUUUUCGUACGAUUAUAUGGCUCGAAAUGAAACUUUGAUUUACGAUUACUCCUGAAAUAUUCAUUUAAAUUGUAUGGUGUAAUGAACAAUUGUAAUCUGUAUGAAAUGCUUAAUAUAACUAACGUAUUUAUUUUGAUAAUUGUUAAUAAUGUAUCCAUGUGAAUAGCUUUGCAAAUGCCACAUUACGUGAUCUUUUUCUAGAAGUUAAGAAUGGAUAUAGUAAGUUAUCCUUAAAAGAUAGACAUUUCACAUCGUGGACUUUUUUGUAGACCUAUGAAUGAGAAACAACCCCACCAUACAUUGUGUUGUUAUAGCUCAAACGGAUUAGGCAGCGUUUUUGAUUAAAGCUCUUAGCCAGCGUGAUUUUUUCCGAUAA